CCGGCAAUAGCAUUAGGAAGCAAUGUCUCGUUUUCAAUUCCUCUGUCACAGCUGGGUGGGGGGUUGGGCGUCAUGAGGUAAUCCCCCUCAGGGUUAGACAAAACAACCCACAUCCACAAUCAGGCCGUCCCCUUACAGAGGAAAACCUGAUGCUGUGAAACCCGGGUGUUAGUUAGUGGGACCCUACUGUUGACCACUCACUGUUUCUAUUCCUAGCUUUUACUUUCUCUUCACUUUUUCCUAACAGUAGAGAUAAUUCAAAAUUAAUGGAUUGUCAUUUGCGGUUAUUUGAGGAUAUGGGAUUAUGACGUUUGAAAAUGCUUAUUUAAUCUUGGAACGAAUCCCUAGAUGAUAUAAAGCUUGUUUGGUUGGAAGUACGCAUCUGUUGUGCUGUGCUACAUCAGGUCUAUUUUACAUACGUGUUUGAGAUUAAUUAAAGCAGGUUUGGUUAGAGGUCCAGUAGUGUGCUGCAGAUCUGUUUUGUGGAUGUGUUUGAGAGAUGGAUGCUCAUUCUGUCCAGUUCUGCCUACCACAGAGCCACAGUGACUCUGGGCUUCAUAUGACUGGAUGCAAAAUCAGUGAACAGAGUAUAUGUCAAGCCCGAGCCUCUGUGAUGAUCUAUGAUGACACCAGCAAAAAAUGGGUGCCAGUCAAACCGGGCCAGCAGGGCUUCAGCCGCAUCAACAUCUACCACAACACUGUCAACAACAGCUUCCGUGUGGUGGGAGUCAAACUGCAGGACCAGCAGGUCGUUAUAAACUACUCCAUUGUGAAAGGUCUGAAAUAUAACCAGGCCACGCCAACUUUCCACCAAUGGCGUGAUGCGCGGCAAGUUUACGGGCUGAAUUUUGCCAGCAAAGAGGAGGCCACCACCUUCUCCACUGCCAUGCUGUUUGCGCUCAAUGUCCUGAGCUCUCAGGAUGCAGGUCCAGGAGCACAUCGUCAGAAUGGACCGGUGACAGAUGAUGCCGAGGCUCAGAGGAGGCAAAUGAUGGACCAGCAUCAGAUGCAGAUGGAAAGAGAACGACGAACAUCUGGCUCUGCAGUCUCCACCCUUCAGUUUAAAGUAUCAGCGUCCGCCUCUCAGUCCGAAACCACUCUGCAUGACCACAGACAGUAUCGGGCUAACACUCUUCCCCCUUCCUAUGCUCACAUUAACCCCACGCAACCCUCCUCCCACACCUCCUCUUCCUCCCAGGAACGAGAGAGUGGCUACCGCACUGUGGACUCCCCUCAAAAAAAGGCACAGCAGCUUUCCCAGCUUUCCACCUCUCUGGCUUCUGCUUUCUCCCCCGUGCAGCCGGGUGUCACCCCUCCACCUCGCAACGUCAAGCAAAUCCCUCUUUCCCCUCCAACAGCCCCCCAGGACCCCAAACAUGCCACAUGGUCCUCCACCCACAUGUACGCUCCAUUACCCACAGCAUCGCCACCCGUCAUAAUGGCGGUGCCAGUCAAACAACCUGCCCUGCCUGUCGCCCUCCCCUUGCCACCCCUAAACAAUGGCCCAAACUGUGGCCCCAAAGCUCCCGCUAACACAUCCCACUUGGAGCCUGUAACACACCACCAACAGUUGUCCAGUGGCCCGGCAGAGGAGUACUGCCCGUACCAAAACCCUCCUAUGCAGGUCACCUCUGGAGCUCCGUUGCACCCACAUUAUCCCAUACAAGGAUCAUCUUGCCCCCUGCCCCUUCUCAUUGGCCAGCCCAUCCAAGGCCCUGCCCUCCACCAGCAGCAGCUAUACCAGGCCACGCCCCAAUUCAACACCACACCCACCACUCACUCUACUCUGUGCGAGGGGGCAACGCCCAAGACGUCUCCCUCGCCUGUUUAUCAGAACGCCUCAGCGUCCAGCAGUCCUCCCGUUCCACCGGGUCAUCCCUCCAUGAUCUCAUCCACCCCUCCUGUUCAGCCCACUACCUCAGCAUCCAUGGCGGGUCCACCGGCCCCUCCGCCCCCUCCUGGGCCUCCCCCACCCGGGCCGCCACCACCCGGGCCGCCACCACCCACCACAGGACCCCCUCCUGCCCCGCCUCCACUGCCGGCUGGUGGAGGUCCUGCUUCGUCAGGUCUAGCUGCAGCUCUAGCUGGUGCCAAGCUGCGAAAAGUGCAGCGGCCAGAGGAAAGCAGUAGCAAGAAUGAUGCCAAUCGCUCCAGUGGAGGCAGUGGAGGUGGUGGAGAGGGUCUCAUGCAGGAGAUGAAUGCCCUUUUAGCACGAAGGAGGAAGGCUUCAGAGAAACCAGAAGACAGUCAAAAUGAGGAGUCUAAUGGAUCCCCUUCAUCAUCUUCUCGUGGACAAAAUUCAGGUGAUCCUGUGAAGAAGCCAUGGGAACGAGCCAACUCUGCAGAUAAGUCUUCAGCUGUGUCAAGGGCAAAACCAAUCGGAAGCACCAGUGAUGCUGAGUCAUUUGACUUUGACAGAAUGAAACAGGAGAUCUUGGAGGAGGUUGUGCGGGAAUUGCAGAAAGUUAAGGAAGAAAUUAUUGAUGCCAUUAGAAAGGAACUGCUGAGAAUUGGCUCCACAUAGUCUUAAGAAAGGUCAACGACGACGACUGAUAAUGACUGAAGGUUUGGGAAAGUACAUGGAAACGUUCUCGCAGCAUGUCUGCAACAGUAUGGAUAAUUCAGUUGCAGAAAUGUUGUGCAGAUACAAGGCAUCAUUGAGAAGGACAAGUGAAAGCUGAGGAACAGAAGGAAUUGGAGUGAAUGAAUGAUUGUGUGUAUGGAUGAGUGAAUGAACGAGCAGGUGGAAAUAUAGACCUUCACACUGAAUUUUCUAUUUCCUCCAGUAUGAACGUUGAGACAGUCCACUGUGCAGCUUGCUGCUCUCGCUCUUUCAAGUCUUAAGGUCAUCAAGUUGAAGAUAUUUUUGUUUUCUAAGUUUAUAUUGUUUCAUUGGUCAUUGUUAUUGUUAAGAAUUGUAUUAUAUUAAAUGAGAGAGAUACAAAGUUGCACGACAGUUAUUGUCAGCCUUUUAUAUUUUAUAUUACUGAUCUUAUUCUUUGGUUUUAAUAAGUAUGAACAGUACACAUUUGUGCUAAACUGUCAACAGUCUACUAUAGUUGAAACGGUUUGAGACUUUUUCUUUUGGUUUUGUUUUUUUGGCCAAUGCAGAAGUUCAGUAGAACUUUAUUUUAAACUGAUUUGGAGGCAUGAUGGUAAAUAUAGACGCUCUUUUAAUGGGCUCAAGAGAUGGACAUGGAAAUAUAUACGUAUAUAUACACACACACACACACAACGCGAGAUGAAUUAUUGAAAGUGGCUUAAAGCAUUGGGUGAAUUGUUAGAACAUACAAUGUAUUCUGAUUUAAUUAGGUUGAUCCUGAUUUUAAAAGUUGAUGUUGAUAUUUCACAGAAAUUACAAUUAAAUUAAAGAUGUUGAGAGUGUGAGAUUGAUGGAAUUAAAAGAACUUUAAAAGCUUUUCCCCCUUUUAAA